CUCAUGAAUUUUAUUAAAGUCACUGUCACAGCUAGUGUCAGCUACUCUGGCACAGAGGCUGGAAGUGAAAUGGGCUCUGAGCAGGGCAGGGAGCCCUCAGAGCCAGCGAGGAAAAUGAAACUCCCGAUCUUCAUAGCAGAUGCAUUCACAGAGACAGCUUUCCGGGGCAAUCCUGCCGCAGUCUGUCUCCUGGAGAGCACAUUAGAUGAAGAUGCUCAUCAGGACAUUGCAAGGGAAAUGAACCUCUCUGAAACUGCUUUUGUCCGCAAACUGCAACCAACUGAUGACUUCACACAAAGUUCCCGUUUUGGGCUGAGGUGGUUUACCCCAGAGGCCGAGUUCCCCUUGUGUGGCCACGCCACGCUGGCUUCUGCGGCUGUGCUGUUUCAAAAAAGAAAGAACAUGAACAGCACCCUGACCUUUGUCACAAUGAGCGGGGAGCUAAAGGCCAGAAGAGCAGAAGAUGGGAUCGUCCUGGACUUUCCUGUCUACCCAACCUUUCCCCAGGACUUCCAUGAAGUUAAAGACUUGAUAAAGGCAGCCAUAGGUGACACCCUGGUCCAGGACAUCCGGUACUCUCCAGAUACCAAAAACCUCCUGGUCCGGCUCAGCGAUUCUUAUGACAGGUCCUUUCUAGAGAACCUGAAGGUGAACACAGAGCGUCUGCCUGCAAUUGAGAAGAUAGGGAAGGUGAGAGGCCUCAUCCUCACUGUCAAAGGAGAGGCUGGGGGGCAGACGGCCCCGUAUGACUUCUAUUCCAGAUGCUUCGCGCCGUGGGUUGGUGUGGCUGAAGACCCGGUGACAGGGUCCACCCACACUCUUCUUGGCCCCUACUGGUCUGAGGAGCUGGGGAAGAAGGAAAUGAGAGCCUUUCAGUGUUCCCGCCGAGGAGGGGAGCUGGACAUUUCCCUGCGACCUGAUGGGCGCGUUGACAUAAAGGGCGGAGCUGUUAUUGUCUUGGAGGGCACGCUGACCGCCUAGAGAUGCUCCUGCUGGGCUUGGGGCCACUGCUCCACAAGGUGUCUUCUCUAGAGCCCAGAACCCAACCCAACCCAACUCAACAGCAAAUGCACAGAGCUUGGUUCCCCAAAAGGGAAGACACCUGAUGGAGGUGCGGUAGUGUCUCCAGAGUCCUUUCCCGAUGGUGGGCUCUGGGCUCUGCCUGUGUGUGCAUCUUCAGUCCCCACAGCAGAUAGGGAUGCUGCCCCUUCUUUUGAUCAUGACUGCCAAUCAAAGUGAGAGGUACAUUGAUAAGGAAUGAGAAGAAAUUUAGAAUGAUAAAGGCAUUGACACGAAAUGAGAAGAAAUUUAGACAUAGGUUUAUAAAAAUUUAUUUUCUGAGACAGGAUUUCUCUGUGUAGCUCUGGCUGUCCUCUAACUCACAGACAUCUGCCUGCUUCUGUCUCUAGUGUGUUGGAUUAAAGGCACGUGCCACUCUGAUAGAUUUUACAAAUUGUGUGUGUGUGUGUAAUUUUAAUGUAAAGACAGGGUCUUACUGUAUAGCCGUGGCUGGGAAGAAACUCUCUAUGUAGACCAGGCUAACCAACUUGAUCCCUGCCUGCCUCUGCUUCUCCAGUGCUGGGUUAAUGGUAUGCACCAUCAUGCCCAGAGUCACAAUCAUUUUAAUCGACCCAAUAACUCUGUGGAAAUGCAGACGCAGUACUAAAGACAGUAGACUGUAAACUGUCCCAGGGGCUUCACUUCGGCUCUGUGGAAUAUUGAUUCACGAGACUGUGGAGACAGCCAGGGGAGACAGUUCAUGUGGAAAGACUCAGAGGAGGCUUAGGGUUUAGGAAACAAAUCCUUUGUAUUUUGAACUCAGCUAGAAGUAACAAUCAGGACAAACCCAGGAGAUUACAACAGUAUGUAUUUGAUUUGGUGAUAUGAUGAUCAAAAUACACACUAAGAGUGUGUGAGACGAAAUCUUUCCCUCCUGUGUGGCUUAGAAUGGCCAUGUCAUUGUCUUCUCUUGUUUAAUAAAGCGUGAUUUAAUCCA